UGUGUGGCCACAAAGCAGGAGGGAACAGCAGCUGUAUGCAACUUCACUAGUUUUCAUUUAUUUAUUUAUUCAUUUAGCAAUCCUGGGAAACUUAAAAGACUUACAUUGGAUUCUAAGAAAACAAAGUUGUGGGGCAACUAGCAAUGGAUAUGGCUGGUUGUCUGCAAAAGACCAGACUCUCUCAGGCAUCAGCACUUGUGGGAUGCCUGCUUGUGUUGUGUUCUUUAAGCUUUUCCACCGUGGGUGCACAAGAUUUUGAUCCUGCUUUCCUCUUUGGACCCAGACCAGGACCUAACUCUGAAUCCAUACUGGUAGCCAACAGUGGGGUACGGGUGCCUUUUGGGAGAUCCAUAUUUAUAGACCCAAUCAAAGAUCUGGUGACUGAAGUGCAGCCCAGGGACAGGUGCUACAUCACAGUAUUAGAAAAUGACCCACUCGCCCAGAGACCUGGUAUGCUAUCUCCAAAGAAAUUCCCUUGUGCAUUUGGGGCGGAAGAAGUGAAAUACACUCACUUUGGAUCAAGAAGCCCAAACAAGGACAGAGUGAGGCUGCAGCUGAGGUAUGACUCCCAGACUGACACCAUUAUCAUCCCUUUCAUGCUGGAGGUGGAGGUGGUAUCUCAGCAACUGGAAGUCCUAACCCGCAACAUGCCUUUGGUGGUGGACAAGCUUAACGGAAUCAGCAACCCUAUUGACAAAAAGGUAUUGGAGUUCACUUACGAUGGCUCGGAAUCAUGCAAGGUCACCACCCUGAUCAGCACAGGAGGUCUACCAAGGUAUGGCACUCUUUUAAAUUACACUUCCAAUGGCCAUAUGAUAGACUGUGAUGCUUUUGUUAAUCUGGGCAUUCGCUAUAAGCACACCUCCACCACCAACUCCCCAAACAGAGACUAUAUUCCCAUGUUGGUAGAGUUACUGGAUAAAGAGGGGAACCCUGUGAAGCAGGAGUAUUUUCAGAUAAUGGUUAGGAUCAAAGCAGGCACAGAAAACACUCCACCAAAGCCGAGUUUUGUUGCUAUGAUGAUGAUGGAAAUUGACCAGUUUGUGAUGACAGCAAUUACCAAUGAUAUGUUAGCAGCUGAGGAUGUUGAGUCUGAUCAAGAUGAUUUAAUUUUUAAUAUCACUUCCCAACUGGGCUAUGAGCAGGGCUACAUCAUCAGCACUGAUGACCAAAACCUACCCAUAUCCUCAUUUUAUCAGAGAGACAUCAAUGACUUGAAAAUUGCCUACAAACCACCAUCUGCAGACUCAGAUGUGGAGAGAAUCUUUCAGAUUGAAUUUGAAGUUGUUGAUACUGAGGGUGCUAUCUCUGAUACCUUUGCAUUCAUGAUUGUUGUAAAGCCAAUGAACACUUUAGCUCCGGUUGCAACUAGAAAUACCGGACAGAUGCUGUUUGAAGGUCAGUCAAGAGCACUUUCCAGCACCCAGAACUUAGAAAUCAGCGAUGAAGAUAAUCUUGAAGAUGUCAGAAUUACUGUCAUUGAUGGCUUGAAGCAUGGUGAGCUGACAGUCUUAGGGGCCCGCAGAAAAUUUUUCACCCCUGCUGAUUUAGAUGCUGGUGUUGUGGUCUAUCAGCAUGAUGGUAGUGACACUUACAGUGACAACAUUAUUUUCCACAUGACUGAUGGCAGACAUGAAGUUGAGUUUUUGUUUCCAAUCACCAUUGCACCAACUGAUGAUGAACCCCCAAUUAUAAAUGCCAACACAGGACUUGUACUGUUCAAGAAUGAAAUUAUGCAGAUCUCACCCUUCAUUCUAAGUGCCACAGACAUUGACUCAGAGGACUCUUCCAUUAAGUUUAUAGUGGAGCCCCCUUAUUCUACAACAGGUGAAUUGCUCCUGAGGCAAGCAGAACAGCCUUCAGACCUGUCUGCAUGGCAAUUCAGUGAAAGCGAAGAGAUGUUUGAACAGGUGGUUAGGGAAUGGUUUCAGCAGGACAUCUUGGAUGGAAAGUUGUUCUAUCGGCACAUUGGACCUCACAGCACUACCACUGUCAUGGACCAGUUCGUGUUCCGUGUUCAGGAUGACAACGAUCCCCCCAACCAGUCUGGUGAGCACAUCUUCACAAUUAAAAUCCACCCAGUGGACGAUCUCCCACCCGAACUCUUCCCAGGCACCUCUUUGCACAUGACUGUAAAAGAGUAUGAGCUGACACACUUUAAAAAUAAAUUCCUGCGUUAUACAGAUCUGGACUCUGAUGACAGAGAUCUGAAGUAUACUACUGUGAUGCCACCUACUGAUACAGAUGAAAACAACCCAGUGUUGCUGGGCGAGAUAGUUUUGACUGAGAACCCCAAUAUGGUCAUCACAGAGUUCACACAGGCUCAGGUCAACCAUCACAAAGUGGCCUACAAGCCCCCAGAUCAGGAACUGGGCAUCACUCCAAGAGUAGUUCAGUUUAGAUUCACUGUUGAGGACACUGCUGGUAAUUCGGUGGACGGCACCUUCACAAUCUUCUUACAGCCUGUUGAUAACAUGCCACCCCAGAUUACCAACACUGGUUUCACUAUAUUAGAAAGAAACACAUUUAUAAUAACCAGGACUGAGCUUGAUGCUACUGACCCAGACACAGAUGACGAUGCUAUUACAUUCACUUUAACCCAGGCCCCCAAGUUUGGACUGCUUCAGUAUUUUGGCCUUGAUAUGUCAAUAGGAGAAACAUUUGUGUUGGAUGACAUUUCCAAUGGCCGUGUUGCCUACAUUCAUGGCGGUGAAGAAUCCACCAGUGACACUAUAAAGCUUGAUGUUAGUGAUGGAUUUCACGAGCUCCCUAUCGUUAUCAAAAUCACAGUUAAUCCAGUUGAUGAUGAAACACCAGCCAUCGUGCUUCCCUCUGGCCUGCUGGGUUCUUCCAUUGAUGUCCUGGAGAAUGGGGCCACUGAGAUCACUACCAAUGUGAUUCAAGGUAGAGAUGAAGACACUGAUGACCUGAUGCUCACUUUUAUAGUUGAUGAGCCUCCAAAACUGGGUGAAAUCCUGGUUAAUGGACUACCCUCGGAAAGGUUCACCCAACAAGACAUAAUCAAUGGGGCUGUUGUAUAUGCCCAUACAAGCGGCGAAAUUGGACCUUUUAAGGUGUAUGAUUCCUUCAACCUUACCAUUUCUGACCUGUCAGACGAGUGGGUUGUUGGAGGUAACAAAGUCCAAGGUGUCCGUGUGCAUGUAACAAUCCUCCCAGUCGACAGCAUGGCUCCCAUAGUAACAAUAGGUGAUCAUUUUACAGUGCUUGAAGGAGAGAAAAAUGUUAUCUCUCUUGGAAAUAUCAAAGCUGAAGACAUGGAUACAGAAAAUGAUGAUAUUUUGUGCACCAUCAUAGUCCAGUCCACCUCUGGAUAUAUUGAAAACAUUUCCCCAGCAGAUGGGUCUGAAAAAUCAAGAGCAGGUACUGCCAUCACUGCCUUUAGCAUUAAGGAUGUCCGUCUUGGCCACAUCUACUAUGUGCAGAGCAUCCACAAGGGAGUGGAACCUGUUGAAGACAGGUUGACACUCCGCUGUUCGGACGGCAUUAACUUCUCACAGCGCCAUUUUUUCCCCAUUGUCAUCAUUCCAGCCAAUGAUGAGAAGCCUGAGAUCUUCAUUCGAGAAUUCGUUGUCAUGGAAGGCAUGAGCCUGGUCAUUGACACGCCCAUUUUAAAUGCUGUAGAUGCAGACAUUCCAGGAGAUGAACUUGAGUUUGAAAUAAUCACACUUCCUAAGCACGGUAGCAUUGUGCAGCAACUGACAACAGGUACCAUUCCAGUCAAGAAUUUUAUCCUUGAGCAGAUCAAGGAAGGAUCCAACAUUGUCUAUGAGCAUGAUGACUCUGAAACCAAAGAAGACAGCUUUGAGAUUCGACUGACUGAUGGUAAACACACAGUGGAGAAAAAAGUUCUUAUCAUGGUCAUCCCUGUUGAUGAUGAGACUCCAAGAAUGACCAUAAACGACGGCCUUGAAAUUGAAAUUGGUGAAACAAAGGCAAUAACUAACAAAGUUCUCAAAGCAACAGAUCUGGAUUCAGAAGACAAAACUCUCACCUACAUAAUUCGUUUUGAGCCUGGACAAGGUUUCCUUCAGCGCAUUACUACUUUGGGAGAAUUGGUUAGCAACAUAACCAUUGGCAUGAACUUUACCCAAGAUGAAAUAGAUAAAGGGCUUAUACAGUACGUCCACACUGGCCAAGAAGGAGUGCGCGACCUUGUGAAGUUUGACGUCACAGACGGCAUCAAUCCAUUGAUAGACAGAUACUUCUAUAUCAGCAUUGGCAGCAUAGACAUGGUCUUCCCUGAUGUCAUAAACAAAGGUGUGACCCUCAAGGAAGGUGGAAGAGUGACCCUCACUACAGACCUGCUGAGCACCACAGACAUCAACAGCCCUGAUGAGCACCUGAGCUUCAGCAUCACUCGAGCUCCCAGUCGCGGUCACUUAGAGUGUACAGACUACCCUGGUGUGCCCAUCACCACCUUUACUCAGCUGCAGCUGGCAGGCAACAAGAUAUACUACAUCCACACCUCCUAUGAUGAAAUGAAGAUGGACAGCUUUGAGUUUGAAGUAACAGAUGGCUACAACCCAGUCUUCCGCACUUUCAGGGUUUCCAUCACCGAUGUGGACAACAAGAAACCAGUCCUGACCAUCCAUGACCUGGUAGUUGCAGAAGGGGAGGUGAAACUGAUCACACCCUUUGAGCUGACUGUUGAAGAUCGAGACACCCCAGACGACAUCUUGCGCUUCACCAUCACCCAGGUGCCUGUCCACGGUCAGCUGAUGUACAAUGGCAGCUAUGUGGUCACCAGCUUCACCAAGCAAGACCUAAACGAGAACCUCAUCAGCUACAAGCACGAUGGCACUGAGUCCAGUGAGGACAGUUUCUCUUUCACUGUGACGGACGGCACCCACACAGAGUUCUACGUUUUCCCUGACACUUUCUUUGAGACUCGUAAGCCCCAGAUGAUGACCAUCCAGAUCAACUCCAUCGACAAUGGCAUCCCCCAGAUAGUAGUCAACAAAGGUGCCCCCACUAUUAGACUCCUGCACACUGGCCACUUGGGCUUCAUGAUCACCAGCAAAGCCCUGAAGUCUGAAGACAGGGACAGCCAUCACAAGUUCCUGAAGUACCGCAUCUCCGAAGAUCCCCUGCAUGGCUACAUUGUCAACACAGCUCUGGGAAACGACAGUGUAAAAACCUUCUCACAAGCUGAUAUUGAUGAAAGGAAGAUCUGUUAUGUCCUACGUGACGGCGACAAUGCCACCAGUGAUAUCUUCUACUUUACAAUUGAAGACAACGCGGGGAACAAGCUGAAAAGCCAGCCAUUCCGUCUGAACUGGGCUUGGAUUUCCCUGGAGAGGGAAUAUUUCCUGGUGGACGAGGAUUCCAAAUUUCUGGAAGUGACAAUAAAACGUAGAGGAUACUUGGGAGAAACCUCAUUUGUCGGAAUUGGAACCAAGGAUGGGACGGCAGAGAAGGACAAAGAUUUCAAGGGGAAGUCCCAGAAGCAGGUGCAGUUCAACCCGGGUCAGAGCACGGCCACGUGGCGUGUGAAGAUCCUCACGGACAAGGAGUAUGAGACCUCGGAGACCUUCCAGAUCAUCCUGUCCGACCCUGUCAUGGGAGCGCUGGAAUUCCCUAGCAUCGCCACUGUUGAGAUUGUCGAUCCCGGGGAUGAAUCGACUGUCUUCAUUCCUCAGUCAGAAUACAGAAUUGAAGAGGACAUUGGAGAGCUUCUGAUCCCGGUCAGAAGGUCUGGGGAUGCCAGUCAGGAACUCAUGGUCAUCUGUUUCACACAGCAAGGCACUGCUAUUGGUACCAUUCCCAGCACAGUACUUUCAUACUCGGAUUACAUCACCCGUCCCGAGGACCACACAAGCAUUCUGCGAUUUGACAAAGACGAGAGGGAGAAGUCCUGCCGCGUGAUCAUCAUUGACGACUCUCUGUACGAGGUGGAGGAGACCUUCAACGUGACUCUGAGCAUGCCCAUGGGAGGACAGGUCGGCGUGGGAUACCCCAGCGCCAAAGUGGUCAUUCUGGCAGAUGCUGAUGAUGAACCUUCAUUUUACUUUGGCGACACAGAGUACGUGGUUGAUGAAAGCUCUGGCUACGUGGAGGUGCGUGUUUGGAGAACGGGAACUGAUUUGUCCAAGACAGCCACCGUCACUGUGCGCUCCAGGAAAACUGAGCCUGUGUCUGCUGAAGCCGGAGUUGACUAUGUGGGCAUCAGCAGGAAUCUGGACUUCGCCCCGGGAGUCACGAUGCAGACAUUCCGGGUCACCAUCCUGGAUGACCUGGGCCAGCCUGUCCUGGAGGGCCCCGAGUCAUUCGAGCUGGUCCUCCGAAUGCCCAUGAAUGCAGUGCUCGGAGAGCCCAGCAAGACCACCGUCUUCAUCAAUGACUCAAUUUCUGAUUUGCCCAAGGUUCAGUUUAAGGAACCCCUGUACACUGUGAAUGAGAAUGAUAUCCAGGUCAACGCGAUUGUCUAUCGCAGUGGAGAUAUCGGUUAUAAAUCGACAGUAAGAUGCUACACCCGCCAGGGCUCUGCAGAGGUCAUGAUGGACUACGAUGAGAGGCCCAACACUGACGACUCCAUUGUCCUCUUCCUGCCAGGGCAGACAGAAAAACCUUGUGUGGUUAUCCUGGUAGAUGACACCAUUUAUGAGGAAGAAGAGGAAUUCCGUCUAGUGCUCGGAACACCAAAAAGCGACUCUCCAUUCGGGGCAUCUCUCGGGGAGCAGAAGGAGACCGUGAUUAGUAUAAAAGAUGAAGGAGACAAGUCAAUAAUCAAGUUUUCUGAAGUCAAGUACAGCAUUAAGGAGCCUCAGGAGGCUGGAGAAAUAGUUGUUGUGAAGAUCCCUGUGCUGCGUCUGGGAGACACGUCCAAGGUGUCCAUAGUGAGGGUUCACACCAAAGAUGGGUCUGCUACCUCUGGGGUGGACUACAACCCCAUGUCUGAAGACAUUGAGUUUAAAGAAGGAGAGACAGAGCACUUUGUGGAAGUGGAGGUUCUGUAUGAUGGAGAAAGGGAGAUGAGGGAAGCCUUUACUGUUCACAUGAAACCUGAUGAGAACAUGGUUGCCGAAAUCCAGACGAGCAAAGCUAUAGUGUACAUUGAAGAGAUGGACAGUGUGGCAGACGUCACUUUCCCAUCAGUACCACAGGUUGUAUCACUGCUGAUGUAUGACGACACAGCCAAAGCAAAGGAGAACCCCAACCCUCCCACUGGCUACCCUGUUGUGUGUGUGACGGCCUGUAACCCCAAAUACUCUGAGUUUGACAAGACAGGGUCUAUCUGCUCCGCGGAGAACAUCAACGACACUCUGACUCAGUACCGCUGGCUAGUGAGCGCCCCUAGCGGCUCGGAUGGGGUGACCAGCCCCAUGCGCGAAGUGGACACCAACACCUUCUUCACCAACACCAAGUCCAUCUCCUUGGACGCCAUCUACUUCCAGGCAGGCUCCCGGGUGCAGUGCGGGGCUCGUGCCUUCAAUGCCAACGGAGACGCCGGUCUAGAGAUGCUCAGCCCCAUCUUCGUCAUCAGCAGGGAGGAGGGUCUCUGUCAGCCUCGUAUCCCAGGGACAGUUGGUGCCGAGCCGUUCUCAGCUAAAAUUCGUUACACUGGCCCAGAGGACCCGGACCACCCCAACCUCAUCAGGCUGACAGUGACUAUGCCCCACAUGGACGGAAUGUUGCCAGUGAUCUCAACCAGGCCCAUGUCCAAUUUCGAGCUGACCCUAAGCCCGGAUGGAACCCGGGUGGGCAACCACAAGUGCUCCAACCUUCUGGAUUACAACGAGAUCCAGACCAAGCACGGCUUCAUCACGGACAACACCAAGAACCCGGAGGUGAUCGGCGAGGCCUCCCCGUACCAGUACAGCAGCGCCCUGCGCUCCUCCAACACCUUGCGCUUCUACCGCAACUUGAACCUGGAGGCCUGCCUCUGGGAGUUCAACAGCUACUACGACAUGUCCGAGCUGCUGACAGACUGCAGCGGCAGCAUUGGCACAGACGGACAGGUGCUGAAUCUGGUGCAGUCCUAUGUCACCCUGCGAGUACCCCUGUAUGUCUCCUAUGUGUUCCACUCACCAGUGGCAGUCGGGGGCUGGCAGCAUUUCGACCUGCAGUCAGAGCUCAGACUCACAUUUGUGUACGACACCGCCAUCUUGUGGAAUGAUGGUAUCAGCAGCCCCGCAGAGUCGGAAUUACAGGGUGCCCUGUACCCCACCAGUAUGAGAAUCAAUGAGGAGGGUCGCCUGGUGGUGAACUUCAAGACCGAAGUACGAUUUAGAGGACAGUUUGUUAUGGCUCACCCAGGUACUUCUCUGUCGUCGAUGGUGAUGUCAGCUGAUCACCCUGGCCUCACUUUCACGCUGUCCCUUGUCCGCACCGAGCCCACCUACAACCAGCCUGUUCAGCUGUGGAGCUUCAUCUCCGAUUUUGCUGUUCGUGAUUAUUCUGGAACUUACACAGUGAAGCUCAUCCCGUGCAGUGCAGCUCCUAACCAGGAGUUCAGCAACCCUCCCGUCUGCAACCCACGUGAGCCCAUCACCUUUGACAUGGAUAUCAGGUUCCAGCAGGUCAGUGAUCCAGUAGCUGCUGAGUUCAGUCUCAACACCCAGAUGUUCCUGCUAUCGAAAAGGGAGCUGUGGCUGUCUGACGGCUCCAUGGGAUUCGGAGAGGGAACUGACGUUGCAUUCUCUGAAGGUUCUACCAUUUAUGGCCGUGUCAUGGUGGAUCCUGUGCAGAAUCUGGGCGAGUCGUUCAUCUGCAACAUCGAGAAGGUGUUCCUGUGCACAGGAGCUGAUGGUUACGUCCCCAAAUACGACCCAACAAACAGGGAAUAUGGCUGCCUUGCCGACGCACCAUCCCUCCUGUAUAGAUUCAAGGUUUUGGACAAAGCUCAGCCCGAGACACAGGCCAGGCUAUUUGGAAAUGUCCUAUUUGAUGCCAAGUUAGCCAUUGACAGCCCAGACGCUCUUCCUCUUGUAAGGCAGCCCGGCUCUGAUGGCUUCAGUGUGUCCUCGGCUCCAUUAUUCCAGGUUGCUGCUGGCCGCGAAUGGUACAUCCACAUGAUAUACACCGUCCGAUCGAGGGAGAAUGCCAACAAAGGCAUCGGCAAGAGGAGUCUAGAGUAUCACCACGGUGUGUCAGCAGCAGGCAUUGGGUCCAGCGCUGUGGCACCUUAUGGAGGACGCAGCCGGAGAGCAGCCCCGGACCUCGAGGUCGCCCAGGACAUCGGCUUGGAGAACAACAGGGGCACCAACAUCCAGCACAUUGCCCUGGACCGCGCCAACAAAAUCAUAGUCAGCCAGCGAGACUUCCGUCCCAGUGAGGAGCUCUACCAGCGUCCCCUUCUGGAAAGCUCUGGCAAAAAGUCCUCCGAGCUGGACAUCAUGCCCAUGGCGGGGGGAGUGGCUGGACUGUUGCUCCUGAUCUGUGCUGUCAUCAUUAUCAUUCUCCUGCUGCGACGCAGGGGACAUUACUCAUCAGACGAGAAGAAAUCACCCGCUUCCUCCUCCUCAGGUUACCAUGGCAGGAGCAGCAGAGAGACCAUGAGCACAUGGCACAGCAGUGACAGCUCUGAGGUCUAACUUCUAUAUAGAUUUUUUUUAAUUGCAUCUUGUUGUGCAGGACUUUUCGGACAUAGAAAAAUGACUGCCUUGUUUUUAUCAGUAGCACCUGCUGUCAUUAAACGAACAAACACGUUUUUAAGAUCACAAAACAGUAAUUUACUUUUUUUUUUUUGGCACGAGCUAGGACCCAAGAUACUGUAGAUCACUGUUAUUAAAAAGGGAGGGUUUGUUAAAAAUAUAUUGUGUGCAUUGGGUUUCUGCCAAUUCUUUGAAUGAAUGCAUUUCAGUUAGCCAGUAAACACAACAGCACUGAGCUUUCUUAGUGUAAACAAGUUUUCUGCUUCUCCCUGCACUAAAUGCUGGAUGCUAGAAUGUGCUGAGGUCUUCAGUAAUUAGCAAAAAGGUGAACAGCACCAAGCGCUCCUUUGAGUCACAGUCCCAGGCUUUAUAAACUUACCGUUUCCCAUUGUAAUGUUGCUUUUCCCUUCUUAACACAUACACUAGUUACAACUUUUUUUUUUUUUUUGGUACAAAAUGAUAUGUAAUAUGGCUUAUGAUGCAAGGCACAAGUAACCCCUCAAUAAUAACCUUUUAAGUUCACCUCUGCCAGCUUCAACCUUGCAGUAAAAUCCCCACUGUAGACAGAGUUUCUCUUUUUUUUUUUUUUUAAUAAAUUUAGUCGUCGCCAAAUUUUUACCCCAGUUUUCUCCCCAAUUUAGUAUGCCCAAUUAUUAUCUGUAUCCUCGGCUCAGAGCGGUGAGCUGUGGAUUCCCCUGCCGACCUAAGCCCUCCCUACCCGGGCAGUGCUCAGCCAAUUGUGCGCCACCCCCUAGGAACUCCCGGUCACGGUCGGCUGUGAUGUAGCCUGGAAUUGAACCUGAAAUCUCCAGGGUAUAGGGCACAUCCUGCACUCCGCGUGGAGCGCCUUUACUGGAUGUGCCACUCUGGAGCCCCCUGUAGACAGGGUUUCUGAAAAGUUUUGCUACCCCUUUGCAGGAAUCUUACAUCUACAGCUUUAGUAUAACUACUUUGUAGGUGAUGUAGGUGUUUCAGUUUUUAAAGACCUCUGUUACAAUGUAUGUAUAGUAAGCAACGACUUGGCUGUGACCAUCUUAGGUAUCUAAAAGUACUUCUCAUCUGUGCAUCUAUACAAAUAAAAGAUAAUUUUUUUAUA